AUGGGAAUUAUAAAUACAAAAAAAAGAAAACAAAAUAGAAAUAAUGGUAGUUUUAAUAAUAUAAUAAAUACAAUGGAAACAAAUAUAUCAAGUUAUACAAGUGAUGAUUUUUUAGAUUUCUAUGAAGGAUCACUCAAUGAAAUGGAUUUUGGAGAUUAUUCAAGUACUACAAGUUUAAAUAGUGGUCUUGUUGACUUUGAAAAUAUAAAUUUAAAUAUUUUAUUUGAUGAUAAUAGUAGAAAAAGUAUUAAAACUUUAUAUAAUAAUAAUAAUAAUAAUAAUAAUAAUAAUAAUAAUAAUUUUAAUAAUAAUAGUAAUAAUAAUAAUAAUAUAAAUGAAUGGAAGUGUUCAUCCAUAUUUGUAACAUAUAAUAUACGGAUUAAAAAAUAUGAAUGUACAAAAUCAAUCGUUGAAGAAGUAAAGGGAAGAAUAUCAUGUUUUAAAAAAUCAUUAUCAAUUGAACCAUUAGAUAUAUCACAAUUUGAGUUCAAUAUGAAUCAAAAUGAUCUUUUUUCAAAUAUUUUAUCAAAAGAAAUUCAAUCAUUAAUUGUAUUAAAUUUAUCAAUUUAUGAUUUACUCUCAUUAUUCAGAGUAAAUAAAUAUUGGUAUGAAUUUGGACAAAAUAACAGUUUCUGGAAAAGUUUAACAUUGAGAGAUUGUGAGAAAUGGAAUAAUAAAGAUUUGGUUAAAUUAAAGAUUAAAAAUGGUCAACCAUUCUUUGGUGAUAAUAAUAAUAAAAAAGAGAAUUAUAACAAUUCAUCAUGGAAAGAUUUUUAUAAACAAAUGACCAGAUUAAAAAUGUGUAAACAAUGUAAUAUAAUUUUUAGAGAAUAUAGUAAUUCAAAUAGCGCUUGUAAUUAUCAUUCAGAUAUUAGAGAUUUAAUUCAUUCUCGUGGUGCUCUACCUUCUGGAAUGUAUUGGAGUUGUUGUUUAUCAAAACCAAAAAAUAGUAUUGGUUGUACAACAAAGUGUCAUGAGGAAGAAUAA